AUGACGGAACUCAGAAAACCAGAAACUAAUGAAUCUUCAGGAAAAAUUCGCAGUGGAAUAGAAAUAUUUGUUGCAGCAAGACAUCCAAUCAGAGCUGGUUUUCGUUUAGUUCGUAAUCCUAGAAAGGAAUAUGAUAAAUGGAUGAAGAAUUAUUUUAUUCAACAUGCCAUACAGUUGAGUCCUCAAUUGAAAGCGUAUUUAGAAAGUGAGGAGGUUCAAAAUGGAAUAUUCAUAAAUUUUAAUGCAAAAGAGCAAGCUAUUAAAUUAGUUGAAAGUCCAUUAGAAUAUUGGCAAAGAUUUAUUGAAUUACAUAAAGUCAAGCAAGCUAUUGAUCAAAAUCCACAACUCAGGCAAUUUGUUGAACGCUUUUUAAAGAAGACUCGAGAAGAAUCUGCUAAAAGUGGAAAAUCGAAUCCUUCGACACAAAACAUUGAAGAGUUUGUGAAAGUAACAAAAAUGGUGCGCAAACCUCGUUAA